GUGCUGACUUCCUUCUAUAUCCUGUAAUCGCGAAGGUACCUGUGGUGGACACGUUGAACUAUCCAGAUACAAACAGCAACGUUUUCAACACCGAGUGCUGGACUGGAAUCGAGCUUGCGCUCCGGAAAUGGGCCAGCCAUGGCGUUCAGUGCCACUUCUCUGCCUGUUUUGUUUCAUUAUAUGGUGUGUGUUUGAAGCUGGAGCCAAAGCAGACCACUCUGUAUCCCUCCAAAGGCACAGGAGAGAAUGGAUCAUCCCUCCACAAAUUUUGGAGGAGAAUGUAGACUACACUAAAAAGCCCUUUAUUGCCAGGAUUAUGUCAGACGAGGCGGUUGAACAUAAGGGUGUAAUAAGAUAUUCCUUAAAGGGCAUCGGUGCAGACAAGCCACCCUAUAACUUGUUCGUUGUGAACCCUUCUACUGGCGAAGUUAAAGUAACUGGGAUCCUGGACCGAGAGGAAAUUUCCCAGUACAAUCUCUCUGGAGUUGCUGUGCACGCUGAUACAUCAAUGGCAGAGAGUGACAUUCAGCUAACAAUAAAGGUGAAAGAUCAGAAUGACAAUCCUCCCAUUUUCUUACCCAUCGGCACAGGAUCUGUGUAUGAGCUCAGCAAGAGAGGUACGACUGUAAUGAAAGUAACAGCAACAGAUGCUGAUGAACCUGGGAAUAUCAACUCUCAGAUCUCCUAUAAGAUUGUUGAUCAGAACCCUCCAGGAGAGAUGAUGUUUGAUAUCAAUCAGAAUGGAGAAGUGAUUGUUAGUAAUGAAAACUUGGACCGAGAGAAAGUUGACCAGUAUAAGCUUACUGUAAGAGCCUCAGACCUCAAUGGGAAUUACAGUUGCAACACAGCGACAACAACAUUAACUAUUCAGAUCAAGGAUGUCAAUGAUAACAUCCCAGUACUGGAGCAAGACUCAUUUGAAGUCAGUGUUGAGGAGAACACAGAGAAUGUGGAGGUGAUGAGAUUGAAACCCACUGAUCUGGACUUGCCAAACACUGAAAACUGGCAGGCUGUGUACACCAUUGUGUCAGGCAAUGGGGGUGGGCAUUUUGAUAUUGUCACUGAUCCAAAGACCAACGAGGGAAUCCUGAUGCUUGUCAAGAGUGUAGAUUAUGAGCAAGUAAAACUCAUGAAACUGGGCAUCAUUGUAAGCAAUGUGGCUCAGUUCUACCCAGGACAUAAGCCUUCAGGGAUACCUGGAUCUACAGGAAUGUCUGUUGGUGGUGGUGGUGGUGGUGGAGGAGGCGGAGGAUCUGCAGGAAUGUCGGGUGGUGGUGGUGGUGGUGGCAAAGUCUACACUAUGAAUGUUAAUGUAAAGAAUCAGCCUGAAGGCCCGGCCUUCAAUCCCAAAGUGAAGCAAAUUCCGGUUUCUGAAAAUGGAAAGAUGGUUGAUAUAAAAAAGGCCCUCACAACAUACACCGCUAUCGAUCCAGAUACAGGAUUACCUGCUCAUGGAGUCAAAUAUGUUAAAGGCUCUGACCGAGAUAACUGGCUAUCCAUUGACGAGAAAACUGCUGAAAUCAAACUGAACAAAAUCCCAGAUCGAGAGUCUCCAUACCUGGUCAAUGGGACUUACAUGGCAGAAAUCCUCUGUAUUAGUCAAGAUAUGCCCUUUAAGACAGCGACAGGCACUGUCGCCAUCCAGGUGGAGGACUUUAAUGACCACUGCCCUACUCUACCUGAUCCCACACAGACGAUGUGCACCACUCAGGAAGUUUUGUAUGUCACUGCAGUGGACGACGAUGAUUUUCCAAAUGCAUAUCCCUUAACAUUCAUUGUCCUGCUUGAAGGGACAGAUGGAAUUUGGAGUGUGGAGCACUUAAAUGAUACAACAGCCAUGUUGAAGCCCCAAGAUGCACCUUGGCCAGGCCCUCUUCAGGUGACUCUGGAAGUUCGUGAUCAGCAGGGGAUUUCGUGUCCAGAUAAGCAGGUGCUAAAGGUGACUGUCUGCACAUGUGAUGAAUCAGCAACAUGUGGCACCAUUGUGGCUCAAGGAAAGAGCUCGGAACUUGGCAGCGCCGGAAUUGGUUUGCUUGUCCUGGGACUCCUCAUGCUAUUACUUAUUCCACUCCUACUGCUGCUCUGUCAGUGUGGAGCGGCUGCCAUGAGCGGACCCUUCACUGAGAUGCCUUUUGACACUAAAGAGCAUCUGAUUUCCUACUAUACAGAAGGUCAGGGAGAAGACUGGGAUGUGCCCUUCCUGAGUAAAAUUGCUGGUCCUAGAAUGAUGCCAGGUGGCUUUUGGGCCAUCGACAGUGCAGCGAGUGGAGUUGCUGCCCUUGGAGCUGCAGGAGAUGCUGGUUACAUCAUCAAUGGAGGUCAAACCAGAAAUCAGAUUGAAAUGGCUUCUAUGAGUCACGGAAUGAACGGAUAUCUUGGGAUGAUGAGGGAGGAGUUUUCCACGUAUGACAGUGGACUGGGCCUUUCAGAAGACUUCUUCAACCAUUACUACUCACAUAAAACUCAGGACUUAUGCACCACAGCUGAAGAGAAUUUGCUGCUGUUUAGUUUAGAAAGUCAGGGAUCACCUGCUGGCUCUGUCGGUUGCUGCAGCAUCCUGGGAUCUGAUAAUGAUCUGGAGUUCCUUAAUGAUUUGGAGUCAAAGUUCACUACUCUAGCUGAGAUAUGUGGUGGAGGCACAAAGUUCACAAUGGCUGCUGCCUCCCUUCCUCCUCCAAAACCCAUCAUGGAUCACUCUGAGUCAGUUUCCAUGCACACCAGUUUUGCCAACACCAACACUGUCAACAUGGCCGCCGAAGUUGCUGCAUCCUCUACCAUGCACAGGGCGGAGAAUGUGGUAGUUAACGACACCCAUGUAGUAUCUGACGUGCAGCCAGCCCAGACUCUGAUCGAUGUGCCCACCCAGAUCCUGAUGGCGCAACAGCAGCCAAUGUACUACAUGGUGGAGCCUCAGGUUUCUAACACUGUGCUGUUGGCCGAGAGGCCCACCGUGGGAAUGACCCAGGGGAUGUGUGUGCUGAAUGGCGCUCCAGUGAACGAAAGAGUCCUGGUCCAGGGUGCUGUGCCAGCACAAGGCACGAUUGGUGGAGGAGACGGAGUGGUAUUGUUGGAAACAUAUGGAGAAUCCACCACAGCGCUGAACACAGACUUGCUCCAGUCAGCUCAUUUGUUGGGUUCACAGCUUUUGCUUGUUGAUACAGGUGCACAAGGUGGCCAGGUCCUCCAAGGAAUACUGCCGCAAGGGAACAUCUCUGGAUCUCAAGGCAUAGUGUUUGUGGAAGGUCAAGGAGGGUCUGCAAUUCAUGGAUCCCUCCAAAGAAGUGUUCCUGUGACCGGAGGCUCUCGGAGUAUGCAGUAUGUAGUAGAGAGGCAGGGAGGGACUUCAGGAAUCACUCAUGGAUCCCUGCAGAGGGCGGUAACAUCCACUGCCAUGUCCCAGAAUGGGACUAUUGGAUUGAACACAAGCACUGUACACGGACUUCCCAGCUCACAGAAGAUUGUUGUCAAAGAGAAGAAGGUUGUGAAAACCAAUCUGUAAAAUUGAUACAUUUUCCUCACACUGAACACAACACCAGUAGGCUGAGGUAAUAUCCUCAAUGCUUUUACUCAUAAAAUACAAGCAUUUUGACACACAAAGGUUCUUAUAUUCAUUAGUGCAUACACUGUACAUGUCUUGUCAUUCUUUCUAAAUUUACCUGUCUAUUGGGUCAUUGUGUAUUGUCUUGUCUUCUUUUUUUUAUUUAAAGUUGUUUUUAGGGUUACUGUGUUUCUUUGGUAUUCCUAAGCAAUUAAAAGUCUCUAGGGAUGGACUGCCAUGCUGUAGCCAUAGUAACCAAUUCCCUGCUUCACUUUAUGAACCAUCUUCUCCCUUUUCACUCAGGACUUAUGCACCACAGCUGAAGACAAUUUGCUGCUGUUUAGUUUAGUUUAGAAGGUCAGGGAUCACCUGCUGGCUCUGUCGGUUGCUGCAGCAUCCUAUCAUCUUGAUAGCAUUGAACACACCAAUCCCUGUACUCAAGGCCAUGUUCUAUCUCCACCCAUUCUUCUGACUCCCUGUAAUGGUAUUGGAUACAGAGAUGAUACCGGAUACCAAAUACAGUGACGUCAUGACUGUGCUUUAAACCCGUGGCGGAAUUGAAAUUCUUUCUCUCUGGCGGUGGGUUUCCACGCGUGAAAGAGACAUCAUGUAUCUGUGCUAAAGAAAAAGAACAGAGAACAAAGAACGAGCUAUUGAUACCGGACCUUUAGCCAAAGUUCAAUGUAUUUGAUCUUCGCAUAGUUGUAAUAAUAACUGAACCAGUUAGUUUCUGCAGCCCACGCAGUAUUUUAAAGAGAAAAGGCGACCGGAUCCCUUUUCCCUUUCUCAACGUCGACAAACUACAAACAAGAUUCCUUCCAGAUCAUCGGAUGACCGACGGGACACUGAAGAUCUUCAGCUGACGAGCUCUAAAAAUGAAAGGAACAGAACUGUUUUCUCCCUGGACCUGCACUCUGCGCUGUCUUCGGAUAACAGACGGCGCACUUCAGUCACCAAACGAGCGAUCUCAAGUGAGGCUGUCAUCUGGGCAAUUGUUAGUCUUAGUUGUGGCUAGUUAAUGUGAAGAGUGUUGUUUAUUUGAAUUCAUUUAUGGUUUAAAUGUACGCAUUUUGAUUCACAUGAAAGUCGGUCUUAGACCACGUGUUUGUUUGUUUGAUUUACUUUGUUGAGUAUCUGUAUUUAGUUAGAUCGUGCGCCUGCGCACGCUCUCUCUCUCCCUAGCUCCUUCUCAUCCCGUUAGUGUGCAGCUGCGCACAUGCACGCCUACACUCUCACACACACACUCUUACACACACACUCUCACACGCACACCUACUCAUACACUCUCACACAGACACACAAACACGUGAUUUCCCUCUCACAUUUUAACAUCCACUCGCCCCUACACUGUCACACUUGCAUAUAGCUUAUUACUUCUGAUCACCAUUAGUGCCUUAGUUAUCAUCAUAUAUACUACUGAUUCUUAUUUGUAUACAUUGUAUCACCAUUUAUAUUGAAUUAUUCCUUGGCUGCUAUUGUUGCUAUAUCUGAUCAGUAUUAGUUUGCUAAUUCAUGUCAGCUAUUUCAAUAAAUGGUAUCAUUGGAAUAAACUA